AUGUAGACGCUAACCAGUAAGGCAGUAACCACCAUUGUUGGAACACGUACCACUCUUCUCUUUUUAAUUCUCUCUUUAUUCUUCCUUCAUUCAUCGACGUUGCUCCUAAUAUGUUUAUUAUAUACUACUAACUUGUAAUAUUAUUUUAUAUACCCAUCAAAAUCCCUAAAAAUUCCUCGUUUCAACAGCCUAAACUGCCAAUUUACAGGCUUCUGGAUUUCUGGGUAUCUCAUAAUUGACGCCAUGGAUGCAACCACAAGCUCUGCCAUGUUUUCGCAGAUAAGAGUAUCAUCUCCCUCACUUCGAAAUUUCAGAACUAGAUUCUUUCAGUCAUGCCCACAAACGAGAGCUCACAUGCCUCCUUGUAGAUAUACAUGUAGCCGAUGUAGGCAUUCUUCAAUGGGUUCAUAUGCACUAUUGCCUUCCAACCUUGUUGAAAUUCAAAGCAGCAACAUCAGUGGAUUUUCUUAUUGUCAACCAGAGAAGAAAAGACUUGGAGUGGGGAAAACUUUUUGUUCUGCUGCUAUACAGACAAGCACAUGCGACGAGAACUUGGCUAUAGCUCCUUCACAUGUUGCAGAGGAAAAGAUUGGGGUGCUUCUUUUGAAUUUAGGAGGACCCGAAACUCUUAAUGAUGUCCAACCGUUCUUGUUUAAUCUAUUUGCUGACCCAGACAUCAUUCGCCUUCCUAUGUUGUUCCGUUUUCUGCAAAGACCUCUAGCUCAAUUGAUUUCUAAGCUUAGAGCCCCUAAAAGCAAAGAAGGAUAUGCUUCUAUAGGAGGGGGUUCACCAUUGCGAAAGAUAACUGACGAGCAGGCAAAUGUACUUAAGUUGGCCUUGGAAGCAAAGAAAAAGAACGUAUCUGUCUACGUUGCCAUGAGGUACUGGUACCCGUUUACAGAGGAGGCAGUUCAGCAGAUAAAGAAAGACAAGGUCACAAGGCUUGUCGUUCUUCCUCUCUAUCCUCAGUUUUCUAUAUCUACAACAGGUUCUAGCCUCCGCGUUCUCGAAAACAUUUUCAGGAAGGAUGCAUAUCUAUCUCACCUUCCCAUCGCUAUCAUCCAGUCCUGGUACCAGCGAGAAGGUUAUGUCAAGUCCAUGGCUGACUUGAUUGAGAAAGAGCUGCAGUCUUUUUCCAUGCCAGAUGAGGUUAUGAUAUUCUUCAGUGCUCAUGGGGUGCCAGUAAGUUAUGUGGAAAACGCUGGAGAUCCAUACAAAGAUCAGAUGGAGGAUUGCAUUUUUUUAAUUAUGAGAGAAUUAAAAUCUAGAGGAAUCAACAAUGAUCAUACACUUGCUUACCAGAGUCGGGUUGGUCCAGUGCAAUGGCUGAAACCUUAUACUGAUGAAGUUCUUGUUGAGCUUGGCGAAAAAGGAGUCAAGAGUCUGCUAGCUGUUCCUGUGAGCUUUGUGAGUGAGCACAUUGAGACACUUGAAGAGAUCGAUAUGGAGUACAAGGAAUUGGCGCUUGAAUCUGGCAUUGAGAACUGGGGUCGUGUUCCUGCUCUUAACUGCAAUUCUUCUUUCAUCAAUGAUCUAGCUGAUGCUGUAGCUGAAGCUCUUCCUUCAGCAACUGCAAUGUCAACUAGCACAGCUGAAGAAGUUGAUAAUGAUCCAGUCAAGUAUUUCAUAAAAUUGUUUUUUGGUUCACUGUUGGCCUUCGUCCUGCUUUUGUCCCCGAAAAUGAUUUUCGCAUUUAAGAACAGCCUUUUGUAAAAAUAGAUGGUAGUGUUCACCAGAUUUUGAAGAUAUACACAAAAUAGACUGAAAAAUCACACUAGAAUGGAUAGAGGAACACAAUUCGCCACGUAACAUGUAGAAUUACUCCAAGAGUAUACAACUUUGUGUGUACUAAUUUGUAGUUUUUGGAUUGCGAUUCACAAGGGAUUUAAUGAAUUAGGUAACACCAAAUAGCUUGUAUUCUUCUUUUUUAUUUUGUCGUCCAUGGAUGAAGGUUAUGAAAAUACCUUAAGUAUUGCCUGAAAGUAUAUUCAGAGGCGUUGUGCCA